GGAGAACACAGAAGAAACUAAUUCUAGAACAGAACAAUGGACUUUUUCACCAGCCGGUUCAGCGGGUCCAAUGCUGGCCCCGUUCAUCUACAAGACGACAACGCCACAGUGGCAAAUAACAAUAAUGCGAGCGAUGACACCGACUCGAUUCUUAAGCUCUCCUAUUUUGAAAGAAUUUCACUCUUCAUAGUGUGCAUCUUGGGCUGUUAUGCAUGCUACGCCAUCUGUUUCAUAUUUUUCCCCGUUCUUUCGCUUAAACCUAAGAAAUUUUCACUCAUCUGGACAAUCGGAUCUGUUCUAUUCUUGGUAGCAUUUGCCAUAUUAAACGGGCCUACGAAUUUCUUCAAGCACGCGAUCUCCGUGGAGCGAUUACCCUUCACCUUAUCUUUUGUUGGCUCAAUUGUGACGACAUUGCUGUUCUCGCUGGUAUGGAAAAACAACCUGUUGGUGAUUAUCUCGUGCGUGAUCCAAGCAAUCUGUUCUGUCUACUACACCGUGUCUUACUUUCCGUACGGGCGCCAGGGGCUUCGGCUGACAACCGGAGUAGCCAGAUCCCAGGUGGAAAAUUGGCUUUCUGUUUGA